GUAAUUAAAUGCAACAAAGUGUAACAUAAACAAACUGCUCAUUCAUGUGAUCGACAUGGUGCUGCAAACACGCUCAGUUUUAUAUAUUUUUAUAAUAACAACGGCAAUACAAGGCCUGCAGUCUAAAUCAGUGAAAUUGAAACCGGAAAAAGAUCGAGAAAAAACUCUAAUAGUGCUUGUAGAUAAUGACAAGUCAAGUGAAAAUAUAAAUGAUGAGAAGAAUUAUUAUAGAAGUGAUGAACUAGACCCAAUUUCUGACGCGAAUGCCUUAGAUAAUAUUAAUAACGCUUUAGUGAAAGCGAACUACCAAACCGUUCUAUAUGAUAUCUUGAGAUCUGACAGACGCCCUAACAAUGAAGAGGAGAGAGAAGCUCAAGAGAUAUUGAUAGAACAAGCUCUCAGAUCCAGGUGUCAACAGAAAGUACAAUGCGAAGAAAAAUGCUCUAGAUCCCAAGAAAGGAAACCUAAGAAAGAAAGGUACUGCCAGAAAAGUUGCAAAGCGGUCUAUGAUGAUCUUAUAAAGUGCCCACCAAAAGGUAACAAGAAGAAAAACAAUAAAAAUAGAGACAAAUGUGGAAAGAAGGGGAAAACUUGCCCUCCUUCAUGGAAAUAAAUCAUUUUAUUUUAAUUGUUGUGUCAUUUAAAAUCCUAUCUGGG